AGGAGUUGCAUCGUUAUUGACCAUCGAGUGCGAUAAAUGCUUGGGUGGAGGUGGUUAGGCAGUGUUGGUGUUGGGAGCGGAGGAUAAAAAGCAUCGGCUAGUUAUCCAUCACCACUGGCAGCACCAUGGCAUCUCCGGCUGGCGCGACCGCCCGUCCAAACGUGUACAGCUUUAAAGUGGUGCUCCUGGGUGAGGGCGCCGUCGGCAAAACGUCGGUCGUUCUGUCAUACGUGGAGGGAAAGUUCAAUGAGAAGCACACAACCACCCUCCAGGCGUCGUUCCUGACCAAGAAGCUGUCGCUGGGCGGCCGACGCGUCUCGCUGGCCAUCUGGGACACGGCCGGCCAGGAGCGCUUCCACGCACUGGGCCCCAUCUACUACCGCGACUCGAACGGCGCCUGCCUCGUGUACGACGUCACCGACGAGGACUCGUUCCAGAAGGUGAAGAACUGGGUGAAGGAGCUGCGGAAGAUGCUGGGAUCUGAGAUUUGCCUGGUGAUCUGCGGCAAUAAGGUCGACCUGGCGAAGGAGAGGGUGGUGGACCUCAGCACUGCGCUCGCGUACGCCGACUCCGUGGGCGCCAAGCACUUCGAGACGUCGGCGAAGACCGGCGUCGGGAUCGAGGAGGUGUUCCUCUUCCUCAGCCAGCAGAUGGUGCGCGUCAAGGACUCCAAGGAGGGCGCCGUCGGCACCGGCUCGCUGCGCCGCCGCCAGAACGUCGUCGUCGUCGAGCAGCCGGAGCCGGAGCCGGCCAAACGGGCGUGCUGCGGCUAGGCGCCGCGCCGCCCGGCGCGCGAGAGAACAAAUCGGGAGGGUGCGGCGCCGCGGCGCGACCGCGUCAGCUGCUGCGUUGAAGAGUAUUUUGUAAUCGUUUAUUGGCGGUAGUCGGGCAUUCCGUGAGGCAGGCUAGCCUGGCACUGGGCCUCGCCACCAGCGCCGAGCCGCCGCGCGCCUGAUCGGUGUUUUAACUGCGACUCGAGCUCGUCCCCCACUGCGAGCCAGCCGGGGCGUGCCGCCUAUUGGCGCGCCGCUGGUCUGCCGCCGUUCCGUGCGCCGCUCCUAGUCAGUGAAAGGCAACAUGUGUUCUGUGCUUUAUUCAGAUCGCAUCUCAUUCAUUUCAAUAUUAAUAUUUUAAUAACUAAAUAAAAGACGAGACGUUGCCGAGA